AUGGAUUCGUUUUUUGGAUUUAAUACAAAACUGCCGGAUGAGCAUGAUGCCGGCGAGGAGGAGGAGGAGGAAGAGUUUGGCCGCAGAUUCUGUCCGCAGACGAGAACCCGUACAUUGCACUCACCGCGGCGAAGCAAAGAAGACAUUUCGGACGAGGAAGAGUAUGACGCCUUGAAUGAUGAAACGUUCGGUUCGGCGGACAAAGGCGACUGGGAAGACAUUCACGAAAAUCUGGUACGUUUAGAGCGCAACCGAAAUGCAUCCUUUCCCGGGGACGAUGAUGACGUUAGCAGUGGCGAUUUGCUGUUUGAGGAUUACGACUUUGAUCUGCAACUUUCGAAACUGACGCAGUACGAUACGAACGAUGAGAGUGGUCGCAGCAGUGUGGUUGCACAGAGUAUUGGUGAUGAGUUUGCUAGCAAGUUACGGUUGGAUCCUAGUAUCUGGGGAAGUCCCUUGAAGGUGCAACCAUCAUCACCACAGCAACCGCAGCAGUACUACGAUCGGAAAUCAAACGUCACGCCAUUUGCACAACCGAACGCUUUUCAUCAACAACAAACUCCUGCACGGCCUGCCGGAUUGUUUCCACCGAUGAAAAUGCUUUCGGUGGAAGAUAUCGAGCGAAGCAUAAUCCAGAAUCAGCACCAACAGAACCAGCAUCAACAAUCACUGCAAUUGCUGCAAAAACAAAUUGCACAACAACAGCAGCAGCAGCAAACGUUUCGCCAGUCCACAGCCCAUCAUCAUCAGCCGGUCGUAAAACCUCGCGAACAUUACACACUACCACCCAAGGAGGCCAAGACUAUUCAAUCGCUGUCCUUGCUGUCAUCGCUAGGAGUUCCAACGCCCGCACUGAUGACGCCGCCACCACAUCUGUUGGCAGCGAGAAACUGUGCUCUAUUUCCACCCGGACCACCUCCGCCAUCGCAACCACCACCACCACCACCAAUUGCCCCGCCAUUGUUGAAUCAUCCGAAUCGUCUUCCGCUUGGGCUACUACCAUACAACAUACUACAAGCCCGUCCGUACUCGACUCCAAUUAACAAUCUCGCAAUGCAUCCCGCUUUUCCACCGCGUUGUCCGCCGUACGGUUCGCCACUGCAAGGAUUUAUGCAAGGACCACCACCGCCAGUAACGAUUGGUCCACCCAUACCUCAGCGCCAUCCAGGACCACCGGGACCGUUUCUGAUGCAGCGUAGCCCAACACCGUUGCAGAACAAUCAGUUUAAUCAGCGACUUGUCCAGGAAAUUCAACAAAAUCAUCCGCUGCUUGCGUUCAACCGACAGCUGGCCAAUUCUUUCAACGCGCCCGGUAAUGGGAUGAAAAUGAACGUGCCUCAAAACUUGCCAAGAUCGGCCGUCAAACAGCUGCACUAUGCACAACAGCAGCAGCAGCAGCAGCAAAGGUUGCGACACGGCAACGGUAUACCUGGUGGUUUGGCAAGAGAACACGAUGAAUACGCGAAUAUGAUGAGCAACCGGGACAAACAGUGGUUGAUCGGCAUACAGCUAACACAGCUGAACUCUGACCUACCUUACUGGAACGAUUACUAUUUCACCGUGUUUAAGCAACGACUAGCGGCUGGGAAAGGAAAUGGUGGCGAAAAUCGUAUCUACAAGGAAAAUCAACUGAGUCAUCCAUUUACCCAGACGACUCCUACUAGCAAGGAACAUGCACAUCUGCUACUGCUAUCUAUGCUAACGAGGAACGUCAAGGGUGGUGGUGGUGGUGCCGGGAUGAUGAAUUUGCACCGCGAACGCAGAAGUUCCGAAUCUAAAUCGGCUUACGGUAACGAUGGAAAAGAUGGUUGCAGUACGGCUCGCUCCUAUACGCCGUUUCAGUUCGAAAAAUCUCUCGGAAAGCUACAGUGUGGAAGCGUAAUUGCACCCCGGAAGCUGAUCGAUGCUGAUGUGAUGGGCAGUGACCAACUGAAUGGGAAUGGCGCUGGAACUGCGGCCGAACAAUCUUUAUCGCAACGCAAAGCUCGACAUGUACUGUUGCUAAUUGAAGCACUGUACAAGCUGUUGCUGAAGCUAGAAGACAAGCUGAAUCCGAUCGCCAUAGCAACAGCCAAUUUACUGCGUGAAAAGAAAUUACGCGAAAGCAAUGGUGGUUGCCCUGGGCAGCUGAAUAAUAUAAAAGAAACUGGUGCUACGAAUGGCAUGCUUGACACGGAUGAGUCUUUCGAUGACCUAUCAGCCGCUCUCAUAGGUCAGCUUUCGCAAGAGAAAAUUACAUCCAUACUCGGUGUACGAAAGGGCAGAAUUUUGAUCCGACGUUCGUUGGCCGUACUCCAAGACCACCCUUCGCGCUGGACGCUCUGGGGCAUGAUCUUCACCGCUUUGCCCUGCCUGGCCAAGAAAGAUCGCGACGAUGCAGAGGGACUGCUUCUGGCACUGUUUAGCGAGUUUGAGCGCCAGCUUCGAUCCGGCACGAUGGAAGAUUUGCUCUCGGUUGCGAAGACGAUCGGUGCAUCACGCAAGGUGAUGCUGUGCAUCGUGAGCAGUAAGUUUCUCCUGUCCUGCAUCAUAACGAUCAUCUUUCAGAUGGAACUGUUUUGUGGCAAAAAUCCAGCUUCGCUGCAAACCACUGCCGAGGACGAUCACUGGUGGAUAACGUUCCUGGUAGACGUGAACCAGGUUGUGAAGGAUAAUAUUAUCGGCCCGAGCACCGGUGGGAGCAUUUCGAUCAAUCCAGAUAACAAUAUUGUACGCACGUUACGGGUACACUUUGCCCGGUUCGGUACACGGGUCGAUGGGACGGAUCUGCUUAACUUUAUUACCGACAAUGGAAAUGGUCAGCAAAGAUUGGGACCCAUCGGUAGGAAACAAUCGCUACAGGAAACAAACAUCACAGCCAAGUGA